GUCCGUGAUGCGAACAUGUCAAACAGUGCCAUGGUGGUAGAACCGCGUUUUGUGAUCGUUAGUUGAGCAUUCUUUUCUCAUGCCAUAAAAUAGGUGCCGGGGCAACAUGAAUUCAUGACUUCAUGACAACAUGACUUCAAGACAACAUGACUUCAUGACAACAUGACGGCAUCACUUCAUGUCAACAUGACUUCAUGACAACAUGACUUCACCGCUGAAAAAUUCACAUGUUUUACUUAGUAUUUACAACAGACAAAUAAAGGUGAGUUUCAAGCAACUAUAUUUAAGCAUACUAUUGCAACCCCAUUUAAUGUCAAGGCUGAUGAAUCAUUAAGAGUAACUGAAAGGUACUAGGCAUUCGAUAAAUUACAACGACCUGGCUGUCAUCCAAAUACCAGCGUUAGCUGAGCGAGCUGGAUCCCAAUGAGUAUGUUUUCAAAUAUGAUUUUUUAAGUAAAAAUUAAUAACUCAUCUUUAGUAUAUGCUACUUCUUCAUUUCAUGAGAUAAACGCCUUAAAUGACUGCAUAUGGGUAUAAGACGUCUCGAGUCGUUUGUUAAAAGUGAUCACAAUCAUACAAAUUAUUUUAAACAUAAACAAAUGCCUUUUUAAAAAAAAUUAAUAAAAUGUCAAUUAAUCUUUCAACCCUCAAAACGUAGAGUUGUAUGAAACUGUUCACGUUUUUUUUUUCAUGAAUACCAGAAGUCUAGUGUUGUCAUAAAAAGGUUUUAAAUAAGAUGUCAAAUCCGUUCCCUGCUAUAUAUUCAGAUGAUCAAGUUAAAGGGGCAUCACAUUCUGAGCCUGUACAAGACUUUAGGAUUCGAAAUCGAAGGGAAAGGUUGUACACGGUUUGUUUGGGUUUAAUGGUGAGGGAAUUAGGUUUGACGACGAUGAAAUAGUGUUUUAUGACAUGGAGCUUGGGUUUGGAGACGAUGAAAUAGAGUUUCAUGACAUAAAGUUUGGGUUUGAAGACGAUGAAAUAGAAUUGCAUGACAUGGAGCUUGGGUUUGGAGACGAUGAAAUCGAGUUUCAUGACAUAAAGUUUGGAUUUGAAGACGAUGAAAUAGAGUUGCAUGACAUGGAGCUUGGGUUUAAAGACGAUGAAAUAGAGUUUCAUGACAUAAAGUUUGGGUUUGAAGAUGAUGAAAUAGAGUUGCAUGACAUGGAGCUUGGGUUUGAAGACGAUGAAAUAGAGUUGCAUGACAUAAAGUUUGGAUUUGAAGACGAUGAAAUAGUGUUUUAUGACAUGGAGCUUGGGUUUGGAGACGAUGAAAUAGAGUUUCAUGACAUAAAGUUUGGGUUUGAAGAUGAUGAAAUAGAGUUGCAUGACAUGGAGCUUGGGUUUGAAGACGAUGAAAUAGUGUUUUAUGACAUGGAGCUUGGGUUUGAAGAUGAUGAAAUAGAGUUGCAUGACAUAAAGUUUGGAUUUGAAGACGAUGAAAUAGAGUUGCAUGACAUGGAGCUUGAGUUUAAAGACGAUGAAAUAGAGUUUUAAGACAUGGAGCUUGGGUUUGAAGAUGAUGAAAUAGAGUUGCAUGACAUAAAGUUUGGAUUUGAAGGCGCUGAAAUAGAGUUUCAUAACAUGGAGCUUGGGUUUGAAGACGAUGACAUAGAUAUUUAUGACAUGGAGUUGAGUUUGACCAUGAUGAAAUAGAGUUUCAUGACAUGGAGCUUGAGUUCGACGACGAUGAAAUAGAGUUUCAUAACAUGGAGCAUUAGUUUGACGAUGAUGAAAUAGAGUUUCAUGACAUGGAGCUUGGAUUCGACGAUGAUGAAAUAGAGCUUCAUAACAUAGAGCUUGAGUUCGACGACCAUGAUAUAGAGUUUUAUGACAUGGAGCUUGAGUUCAAACACGAUGAAAUAGAGUUUCAUGACAUGGAGUUGAGUUUGACCAUGAUGAAAUAGAGUUUCAUGACAUGGAGCUUGAGUUCGACGACGAUGAAAUAGAGUUUAAUCACAUGGGGUUGAGUUUGACCAUGAUGGAAUAGAGUUUUAUGACAAGGAGAUUGAGUUCGACGACGAUGAAAUAGAGUUUUGUGACAUGGAGUUGAGUUUGACGAUGAUGAUAUAGAGUUUCAUGACCUGGAGCUUGGAUUUGACUACGAUGAAAUAGAGUUUCAUGACAUGGAGUUGACCUUGACCAUGUUGAAAUAGAGUUUCAUGACGAUUGGUUGAUGAUGACGAAAAUUGGUUUUAUGAUGAGGAACUUUUAAAAAAAUGUAAUGACAUGUCUACUUUUAUUGUAAGCUUUACAGUUCCGUAUAGUGAGAAUGUGAUGCAUGCUUGUGUAGUGUUCACUUUUUUCCUUUAUUCCCUAUUCACGUUUCCAAACAUAAUUAUGACUUUUAUCUAAGCGUACAGUUCGCUCUUCAUAUCCCUAUAUAUAUAUAUAUAUAUAUAUAUAUAUAUAUAUAUAUAUAUAUAUAUAUAUAAGAAUGAGCUAAGCUGACCGUAACGCACCAAAGAACCGAAAAGAUGUAAAUACGUUCGGAUUCUUAAAAACAGUCAUAGUUAUAUUGUAUUAAUUUACGGAAAUCGCAUAAAUUUAGAGGCUAAAAUAAUAUUAUAUAUCCGCUUUUAAAAAAAAAUUAAGAGCUUACAUAUUUCUAUUAUAAAUUCCAAUUACGUUUUAAGCAACAACUAAGGAACUAUCUUCAACAUUUCAUUUGUAUUUGAAAUUUUUGAAAAAAAAUUAAAUAAAACCAAUUAUGAUCAAAGAAUUACACCGUAAUCAGAUUUAUAGUGACACACCAAACAUCCGUUGUUAAGCUCUUUUAGGGCGUUGUUAAUAUUGCGAAAUAAAAUAAAAAUUAAUUUGUUCUAAAGAAACACUCAAAUAUAUCGCCUUUUUUAACCAAGGCUCUUAAGUUAAGUUUCUUUGAUUUAAUGACCACGCGUUAAAAACAGAUAAUGUAUUGUACCCUUCUUAAAUGGAAAAUUAAAAAAAUAUAAUUGAUUGUUUUUUAAAAAUAAAAAAAACCACACAAAUUUAGCUUUGUAUUUUUAACUUUUAAUAAGUCCAAAAAUAUCCUUUUAUUAAAUUUAUAACGUAAUAAUAACCUUUAAAUGAAAAUGCCGUUUAAGUCUGUCAGUGCAGCGAAACUUCAUAGCCAUUAAGUAUUCACUAACCCUCUUAUAACUCAUCCAAAUAAUAACAAACCAUAUGAAGUGCAAAAUAUGUUAGUUUUGGUAUUGAAAAAUCUGGUUGAAGACUUUAUUAAUUUUAUUUUAAUAUGGGCUUGUGGGGGGUGGGCUUGGUCACUUUGCCCCAGGCAGCACAAGAUACGUCUCAAAAUAAAGAAAUGAAUUUGAUAAAUAAUUAACCUUCUUGGUUUCAUACAUAUCAGAGAUAGAAAAUAGGAUGUGUACAUUUUUACGUGGAGGAAAAUAUAUUUAAAUCCUAUGGUAUAACAUUUGUGAAAAAAAAUCAUGUUAUAUUCUAUUUUUUACAAAUAAACAUAUGUUUACCAUUAAGAAAUACAAUGGCAUUAACAAAACGUGUGUACAUUUACAUAAGUAAACCUAUUAAUAUCGAAUCCCAAUCAUUUUACACACGUACAAAUUUCAUGUUGAAAAACUGGAGAUGGGUUAAUAUUUUCUUUAAAAAAAAUGAAAGUAUAUUUUUGUUUUUACAAAAGUACAAUGGCGUGAAUUUUUAUGAGAUGAACAAAUUAGAAAAAAAAAAUACAGUCAAGUCUGUUAUAGACCGGAAAAACGGUUGCGAGCAUGGGCGCCCGCAGAAAACUUUUUAGGGGGGGGGGCAAAAAAAUCGAUUAAUUUUUCAGGGGGGGGGGGGGCAAAAAAUUUUAGUAAUGUUUUAAUGUAGUUUUAAUUUACUGUAGCGUAUUUGUAUGGGGAACGAACGGACAGGACAUCAGCUUAGUUACUUUCUCUUUAUUUUCUCUUUACUUUCAUAAAUUUGUUGUCUAUUUUUGUCCAGAAUUUUUUUAUCCAAACAAUCGGGGGGGGGGGUGAAGUGCCCCACCUUGCCCCUACCUGCGGGCGCCCAUGGCUGCGAGAUUCUUCUUUAGAUAAACCAAAUUUUUGUUUUACGAUUUUCUGAUUAUGUAUAAUUCUUUUUUUAAAAGGCAAAAGUUUGUUUAAAUUUUUAAUGAAGAUAUUAAUACAUCAACAGCCUUUAAUAUCAAAUAUAUUUAUGUCAUAUAUAGAGUUUUUGAUAUACAUUUAAUAUUAUGCUUUCAUAAUUUUUAGAGAGAAAAAAGAGUUGCAGUGUAAAGACACGUAAAGGGGUAGAUCUGAAGUAUUUCCCUAGCGUAGAAAUCAUUCAUCAAUUAACUUCCUUAGUGACACAAGUGAUUUAGUUAGUUAUAAUUUAGACUGAGUAAUUUAAGGUCAUAUUUAAAAGGGGAAAAAAGUAGUUUAUGGGCAUUAAAUGAUAGAUGCUUCUUUCUGAAGUUAGAAUUGUGAUGAUUUUUUGCAUUAGCAGGUUGAAAUGAUCGCAAAGGACCUGCCAUUAUUAUCUCGAUAACAUCGGGUAAUAUAUUCUAGUUGUAUAUAAUUAGAUUCAAGAAAUGGUGUAUACUAUUGAGUUAUUGUACAUUUUCUAACAUUGUGAGACAUAGAAGAUAUGAGGUAAGGGGAAGGGGAAAAAAAGGUGUAAAAAUUUAGGGAGUAACCUCUAACCAAACACUUUAAAGUUUAUUGCUCCAUGGUGCAGUCAUGUUCCUUAAAGACAACUGAAAGAACGCCAGCAAUAUUUGUUUUCAAAUUUGAACUACCAUUUCAACACUUAUUAUUUUAGUUUUCGGCUAUUCAUCUUAAGCGAUCAUAUAAACACAUCAGCAGCUUUUGGAGUCCUACAAUAAAGUUUAACCUAUCUAUAUAACGUUUCAAUUGCGUCACCCAUUUAUAUGAUUUCAAACUUCUUGUGAAUCUAUGUGAAGUUUAAACUGCUUGCCUAUCUCUAUGACAGGAAUGAAACUCGUACUGAAGGCAAGUCUCCUGAUUGCCUUCAUCAUCUUCGUUAUUACCGUCACAAGGUAAACUCUUUGGGUUUGUAUAGAAACAAAAAUGGGACAGUGGGUAGUGAAAAUUUAGGAAUUUUGGGGAGCAGGGGCGUCUAUACCAAUGAAUGGUGGAAGCCUCUCUCUUCCUUCUCCUCCUCCCCCCCCCCGGCCUGGGUAAAUUCUGUGACAGUUAAAAUCUGUUAGGAUAUCGUUGACAGUUCCUUUCUUAUUAUAUUUCAGCCAAAAAAAUUAAUUGUCAAAACCAAAGAUUUUUCCAAACAGGACUUUUAAGUUUGGCCUAUAAUUAUGUUUUCAGUUUUAACUCUUAAACUUAAAAAACUUUGGUUAGACUAUUGGAUGAAUGAAAAAAAAAAAAAAAAAAAAAAAAAAAAAGUCAUUUUUAUAAACUUGUGGAUUUGAGUUCUAUGCCCAACAUGAUCAAGAGAGGUAAAAAUGAUGUGAUAACUGAACAUCUCCCUUAAAGACGUCUGCCCCCCUCCCCACUCCACUUUCUUUACCAACUCGGAUUGGAAGCAGCUGUAUCCUUCUUGCCCUGUGUAGACAAUCUCGUUGGGGAGAUGGGGAUAUGACAAUAUAUGAAUUAACAUAAUAAAACGUGUUACAAAUAAAGAAAACGGCAUAGCCAUUACUAAAUUUCAACGUCAAAAUAUUAAAUAAAAAGGAAUAAAUGUAUCUCAAUGUUUUAAGGGAAGACUGUGGCGCGCUACAUGUCCAUUUCAAGGAGCGACCUUUCAUGGAAGCGGGAACGGGUUAAUGCUUUCAAAAAAAGUAUUUCCAUAGUUAAAACACAACUUAGUGGCGCACGUUCAACAGUGACAUUAAAUUGACCCACGCAUUAUAGCGUUAGUCUUGUCAAUUGUUGUUUUUUUUCUUUCUUGUUCCCAACAGUCUCCGGCGCUAUCUGACCACCUUGUACUUUGCAGGUCAUCAAGUCAGUUACUGGCAUGCAGGAGAUGACGAGGUAAACAGCUGUCGUCGUGACGUUUAAAAAAAAAAACAACUAUAAGUGAAGCUACGCACUGUUGAAACAUUAAAUAUUUUACGAGAACUUGAAAUCUAUUUAACAUGUGUUCUUUAAAUGCUGUUUGUCAGUAGAGGGAAAUGUGCGAAGUUAUGCGUAGUCUCUCUUGGCUUCUUACAUCAAACGUAUGUAUAUAUAUAUAUUACUAAUGAAUGCAAUGCUAGUAACGACUUGGGAUGAACUCAUGGAUUUUUUUUAAAAGACUAAAAUUCUCCAACAUUAUUUUUUUUAAAAAAAAAGGUAAAAGGCAUGUUUCUCAGUUAAAGUCUAUUCUACUUUGUUGCUGGUGACUCUGCAACUGAAAUGUUUACAGAAUGUGUAAAGUGACAACGUGGACUUGCAAACACCUUUAAAUGGCUACAGUUAUUGGAUUGAGGGACGUGAACAUGAUGCUGAUCUACAAAAAGUGUUCGAAUACCAUCACCCCCUUUUAAAACAAAAACUUUGCUACUAUUCCUACGUUAUGCAAUAGUUAUGAUAAAGACCAGUUAAGAAAUCUUACUUAUCGGUGUACGUCUUUAAAUCGCUUUAUUUCAAAGUUUAGUUGCGGUUUGUCAUAGUUGAGCAAUCUUCACGCACACGAUUUCGUAAAAUAACCGGCAUAAUGGUAGUUAUAAGUGUACAAACCCUUACCCAAGACUAUAUGAGAAUGUUUUAGUUUCACGGAGACGUGUUGAAAACUUUUUGAAGAUUGAAAAGAUUAGAGUGUUUUACUUUUGAUGGGUGGAGAUGAUUUGAAUUAUGUCUACAAUAUAUAUUUAUGUAACAAAAAAAUUUAACUUUUUUUUAGAACUCUGAAGAAAAAAAAGCAGAUGGCGUAAAAAAAAGAUUUCACAUAGCGCCACCUGGCGACAAUGUUCAGCCUGGAGAACUCGAAGUGUUUCUGACGACAGCUGUCCACUACCCAGACUUCCCGGCCAGAGGAGGUUUCAACGUGUUCCUCAACGGCUGGGGACGUCACAAGUCGGACAUGAACUUCAAGUGUUGUUUGAUCAGAUCCUUGCCCGGCGGUGACCCGGAAGACAUCAUUACGGAGGUGCAGUCUUACGUCUACCAUAUUUACGACCAGUGGGUGGUCGACAUGCAGAACGCGGAAUUCUCCUGCUCCAUUUCCAACAAUCAGCUGUCCACCAUCGGCUGCGCGAAUUUCAGUUACGUCACAUUCGCAGAGACGUCCUGUCUUAGGGCUAACAAUGACUUCAUUAGGAUCAUCUACCCUCAACGAGAGGCCGGCACAGUCGGGAUCUGUCUGAAGAUCUC